AUGUCCCGCGGCUCUCGGCUCUGCUGGGUGCACCCGAAUGCUCAGCCGGAGCUGGCCCCUGGGCUCCACAACACUCCACCCAGCCACGGCCGCAAGUCCCGCCGUCGCCUCAGCGCCUCGUUGCCCAGCGCCAUCUUUGAGCCUGGCAUUGGCGCCCCAUUUCCGCAGGGGCGGAGCCGUCUCCAGGGCAACCGCGCGCAGCCCAGGCAGCUUGGCCGGGCAGGGAGCGCGGGAGGCAAGCUGGCGACGCGCGGGCCGGCGAGCGGUGAGGGCCCCGGGCGGCUGGGGCCGCUGCAGGACGAGACCCUGGGCGUGGCGUCCGUGCCCUCGCAGUGGAGGAGCGCCCAGGGCAUCCGCGGGGAGACGAAGAGCUGCCAGACCGUGGGCAUCGCCACGGCCGAGGCCGGGGCCCAGACCCGGACGCUCGCGGACGCGGAGGUGCAGACGGAGGCCCCGGCGCCCGUCGCCGAGCUGCGGGUGGCCCGGCACGAGGGCCCGCGGCUGGCAGCCUUCCUUCGCCGCGUGGAGCCCCUGGUUGUGCGAGAGCUGAACAGGAACUGGCAGAGCCACGCCUUUGACGGCUUUGAGGUGAACUGGACGGAGCAGCAGCAGACGGUGACCUGCCUGCACACUCUGGGCUACCCGCCGGCCCAGGCGCAGGGGCUGCACGUGACCAGCGUGUCCUGGAACACCACCGGCUCCGUGGUGGCCUGUGCCUACGGCCGGCUGGAUGACGGGGACUGGAGCACCCUCAAGUCCUUCGUGUGCGCCUGGAACCUGGACCGGCGCGGCCUGCACCCCCGGCAGCCUUCGGCGGUGGUGGAGGUGCCCAGCGCCGUCAUGUGCCUGGCCUUCCACCCCACGCAGCCGUCCCACAUCGCAGGGGGCCUGUACAGCGGCGAGGUGCUGGUGUGGGACACCGGCCGUCCCGAGGACCCGCUGCUCUGGCGCACAGGACUGACCGACGACACGCACACGGAUCCAGUGUGCCAGGUGCUGUGGCUGGCGGCGCCCCGGCACGGACACCGCUUCCAGCUGCUGAGCGUGGCCACCGACGGCAAGGUGCUGCUUUGGCAGGGGGCCGGGGCUGGCCGGCUGCACCUCACGGGGGGCUUCGCCCUGGCGGUGCAGCAGCUCCCGCGCAACACCAAGCUCAAGAAGCCCCUCCGCGGGGAGACCCAGGUGGGCGCCACGGCGGUGGCCUUCUCCAGCUUCGACCCCAGCGUCUUUGUCGUGGGCACGGAAGGUGGCUUCCCGCUCAAGUGCUCCCUGGCAGCGGAGGAGGCCGCCCUCACCCGGCUGCCCAGCUCUGUGCCCCUGAGGGCCCCUGCGCAGUUCAGCUUCUCCCCCCACGGGGGGCCCAUCUACUCCGUGAGCUGCUCCCCCUUCCACAGGAACCUCUUCCUGAGCGCGGGCACCGACGGCCACGUGCGCCUGUACUCCAUGCUGCAGGCCCAGCCCCUGACCUCCCUGCAGCUGUCCCGCAAGUACCUGUUCGCUGUGCGCUGGUCCCCCGUGCGCCCGCUCGUGUUCGCCGCCGCCUCUGGAGAAGGGGACGUGCAGCUGUUUGACCUCCAGCGGAGCGCCCAGAGGCCCACGGUCUCCGUCCGGCAGACCCAGGACGAGAGCCCGGUCUACUGUCUGGAGUUUAACGGCCAGCAGCCCCAGCUCCUGGCGGCCGGCGACGCCGAGGGCGCGGUGAGGGUGUGGCAGCUGAGCUCCGAGCUCACGGAGCAGGGGGCCCGCGAGGUGGAGGCCCUGGACCGGCUGGCGGCCGAGGUGGCCACCUGAGGCCGGGGGCGCGGCCGCGCUGUGUGUGUGGAGCUGAAUGAAGUGAAGACAAGCUUUUGG